CUGGAACGUGGUUUUCUCCUCAGGCUCUUGCAGCCAACGCUGGGACAGGAUUUGCUGUCGCCGAGCCUCAGGUCGCAAUGUUCUGUGGGAAGUUAAAUAUGCACGUGAACAUUCAGACUGGGAGAUGGGAACCUGACCCAACCGGCACGAAGAGCUGCUUCGGAACAAAAGAAGAAGUUCUCCAGUACUGCCAGGAGAUGUAUCCAGAGCUACAGAUCACGAAUGUGAUGGAAGCGAACCAGCCGGUCAGUGUUGACAACUGGUGCCGGAGGGAUAAGAAGCAGUGCCAGAGUCACAUUGUGAUCCCUUUCAAGUGUCUGGUGGGUGAAUUUGUAAGUGAUGUUCUGCUGGUUCCAGAAAAGUGCCAGUUUUUCCACAAGGAGCGGAUGGAAGUGUGUGAGAACCACCAGCACUGGCACACGGUGGUCAAAGAGGCCUGUCUGACUCAGGGGCUGACCUUGUACAGCUACGGCAUGCUGCUGCCCUGUGGGGUGGACCAGUUCCAUGGCACCGAGUAUGUGUGCUGCCCUCAGACUAAGGUGAUGGAGACCGCCGUGUCAAAGGAGGAGGAGGAGGACGACGAUGACGAGGAGGAGGAUGAGGAAGACUACGACAUCUAUAAAAGUGAGUUUCCCACCGAAGCCGACUUGGAAGACUUCACAGAGGCAGCCGUGGAUGAGGAGGACGAGGACGAGGACGAGGAUGAGGAGGAAGGAGAGGAGGUGGUGGAAGACCGAGACUACUACUACGACACCUUUAAAGGGGACGACUAUGCCGAGGAGGGCCCAACCGAGCCCGGCAGCGACCGGACCGUCUCAGAGAAGGAGAUUGCUCACGACAUCAAAGCUGUCUGCUCCCAGGAGGCACUGACGGGGCCCUGCCGGGCCGUGAUGCCUCGGUGGUACUUCGACCUCUCCAAGGGGAAGUGCGUGCGCUUUAUAUAUGGCGGCUGCGGAGGCAACAGGAACAAUUUUGAGUCUGAGGAUUAUUGUAUGGCUGUGUGUAAAGCGAUGAUUCCCCCAACUCCCCUGCCAACCAACGACGUCGAUGUGUAUUUCGAGACCUCGGCUGAUGACAACGAGCAUGCGCGCUUCCAGAAGGCCAAGGAGCAGCUGGAGAUCCGGCACCGCAACCGCAUGGACAGGGUGAAGAAGGAAUGGGAAGAGGCUGAACUUCAAGCCAAGAACCUCCCCAAAGCAGAGAGGCAGACUCUCAUUCAGCACUUCCAAGCCAUGGUGAAAGCUCUGGAGAAGGAAGCAGCCAGCGAGAAGCAGCAGCUGGUGGAGACCCACCUGGCGCGGGUGGAGGCCAUGCUGAACGACCGCCGCCGGGUGGCGCUGGAGAACUACCUGGCAGCCCUGCAGUCCGACCCUCCGCGGCCUCAUCGCAUCCUUCAAGCCUUGCGGCGCUACGUGCGUGCUGAGAACAAAGACCGUCUGCACACCAUCCGUCAUUACCAGCACGUGCUGGCUGUUGACCCAGAAAAGGCAGCCCAGAUGAAGUCCCAGGUGAUGACACAUCUGCAUGUGAUUGAAGAAAGGAGGAACCAGAGCCUCUCUCUGCUCUACAAAGUACCUUACGUGGCCCAAGAAAUCCAAGAGGAAAUUGAUGAGCUGCUUCAGGAACAGAGAGCAGACAUGGACCAGUUCACCGCCUCCAUCUCAGAGACCCCCGUGGACGUCCGGGUGAGCUCGGAAGAGAGUGACGAGAUCCCGCCAUUCCAUCCCCUCCAUCCCUUCCCGUCCUUACCUGAGAAUGAAGACACCCAGCCGGAGUUGUUCCACCCAAUGAAAAAAGGGUCUGCGCUGGGAGAGCAGGACGGAGGACUGAUUGGUGCCGAGGAGAAAGUGAUUAACAGUAAGAAUAAAGUGGAUGAAAACAUGGUCAUUGACGAGACCCUGGAUGUGAAGGAGAUGAUUUUCAAUGCUGAGAGGGUCGGGGGCCUCGAGGAGGAGCCGGAGUCCCUGGGGCCGCUGCGGGAGGACUUUGGUCUGAGCAGCAGCGCCCUCAUCGGCCUGCUGGUCAUCGCAGUGGCCAUCGCCACGGUCAUCGUCGUCAGCCUGGUGAUGCUGAGGAAGCGGCAGUACGGCUCCAUCAGCCACGGCAUCGUGGAGGUCGACCCAAUGCUCACCCCAGAAGAGCGUCACCUGAACAAGAUGCAGAACCAUGGUUACGAAAACCCAACCUACAAGUACCUGGAGCAGAUGCAGAUUUAAGCGGCAGGAGCGCUGCGCCCGGCUGGAGUGGGGGCGCGGCGGGCGGCGGGGCUCCAGGCGCCUGGAUCGACUACUGAGCAGCAGUUACUCCCAGAGGGUUUCAUCUUCACUCGGACCUCCUGGGUCACUGAGACUGUAAAGCGCUGCUGUAGAAUCACGAGUUCCAUGCUUUCAAAUGGGUGAACAAAUGUUAAUAUAAGUAUAUGAUACAUAAACCUUAAAUGAAGUGAAAAAAUGAUCUAUUGCAGAUAUUUGACUGAUGUAGUUUUCCUUUUUUAUUUUUAAAUUAAUCAGGAAUCCCACUUCCAUUGUAUUGUCUCACACGUACUCGCUAUAGAAACGGUAAAUGUUGAUUCUCAGCGAUAGACUGUACAUGCUGUAUGCAGGCCGUUUGUUCCAGCUGCAUUGUGUAAACCAGCUCUUUAAGGCUCACUGUCCUGUCCUGGUUUUUAUUAAAAAAAAAAGAAGAAGAGGCAGUAUUCCCUUUUAAAUGAGCUUUCAGAAAGUUGCUGAGAAACCAGCUGAGCUAGGAGCCGUAACUGAAGUACAUCGGGACCCCUCUCAGAGCCACUGUGAAGGGCCAGUUCCUUGAAAGUCCGGUGCUCCCACCGCCGGGUACCUUGGUGUCUCCGCACAAGGCCUGUCACCACGGAGGCGCCAAAGGCAAGCAUUUGAGUUCCAGCGUCCUUCGGCCAGCCUGGUGUGUGCAGGUUAGGGCCCCUGCCGCCUUCCUCCUGAACCCAGUUCUCCCACAGAAAGUAGCCUGUAGUUUGUACGUGAUUUUCUGCCACUGUCUGCCGUUGACUCACCGUGGCUUCCCACUGCUCACUCCCCUCCCGAGUCGUGUCCUGGGGUGCCCCCUCCCUCGCAGGGCAUUUCGCCCCCACAAAGGCAUUGACCCCGAGCCCCCCGUGGUCCUCCGAGGCGAUGCGGUAGGAGGCGGCCGGCGGCCCGGGGAGAACGUGGGGGAUUGCCUCCCCCUGGAAGGUGGGUGUUCUGGGUUGCACAUGCAGUGAUCUGUAGACCCCGUGGAAAGCUCUGAAGGUUUUGUUUUCUCCACUUGAGUCUUUGUGAUGCUUGUGUAGUUGAUGUCGAUGCUCACAGCUGCUGCUUUUCCUCUUUUUUUUUUUUUUAAAUUCUGAAGGUUCUGGUAACCUGUGGUGUAUUUUUUUCUAUUUCCCUGUGGCAGUCUUUUUUCUUCCUCCCCUCUACCCUGUCCAUGUCUCUUCCCACUAUGCACAGAGAAACUUCACCCACAAACUCCUUAAUCUGAUCUGUGGAGAAUGUACAGUUUAAACACAUCAAUAAAUACUUUAACUUCA